GACGUUUGUCGUGCCAUCACGAUAUACGAGGAAUAUGUAAAAUGUGCAGACGGUGCUCGAGAAGCUGUGAAAAUGUUCAUGGAUACUAAUCCGUCGUACACUGGAAAGCAUCUCGUAGAAUUUGCCGCGAGAUUGUAAGCGGAUGGUUCCAGAAUUGGAUAUUUGGAUUUCUUGGAUCAAGCAAAGGUAUCUCACCCUAUCACUUCAGAGAACGUCCCCUUUUGGCUGGAAACAAUUCGUCUCCUGACUUCACUGGAAUGCCCCGGCCUCAUCAAAAUGCUCGCUGGACAAUGUAGUUAGCAUUGGGACGGAACAAUUCAACCUCCAAUUUGUGGAAAGUUGCCUAUGAGGCGAUUGGUGGAACCCAGAAAGAGCUUUUCGAUAUGUUUAAAUGUGGAAUCGAUCAUGAGUCCAAGAGAGCAAGUCAAGUUCCACCAUCUUCGGGAGUUGCUCCACCAUUGAUCAUUCAAGCCUAUCCAAAUGCACAACAUUCGGGCUCCGAUCCGAACAUCCACCACGGAUAGCCACAUCGAUGAACAAGUGAUUUGA